CCGGUCGUGUGCGCCGUGACUGCAGUGCGCCUUCACUUUUACUUCGUGACAAGGACAGGCGGUUUUCCUGUAGUCACAGCUGUCUCGUAGGCUCCAGCAGCCUCGAGGUGCCGUAGCGAUGGGUUUGCUGUCGGAAUUGGCGCGCGGCGUGUUCAGGGGCGCCGACCGGGUGGCAGAAUUCACCACCAAGCGGGGGCAUCGCACCUUCUUCAGGAACCGUGGAGCCCGGCGUACCGGAAUGCUGGUGUCAAGCGGCAAGUUCAUCACCUACCGGGAAAUGGUGCCCGAGUUCGUGGUGCCCUCUCUGCAGGGCUUCCGACUAAAGCCCUACGUGUCUUACUGCGCGUCCAAAGGAACCGAGGCGCCCAUGACGGCCAAGAGGCUCUUCGAUGAAGCGGUCGCCCCGCAGAUUGAGAAGGACGUCAAGGAGAACACGUUCGACCCCAUCCACCUGGAGAAGUACGGCUUCGAGCCAACGCAGGACGGCAAGUUAUUUCAGCUGCACCCCAAGAAUUAUGUAAGGUAGCGACGGAGCGGAAAGACCCCGAGCUCUUGUGGCUGCCGCCGAGUUACUCGCACAAACUUUAUUUGUUUUUCUUUCUUCAUUGAGUUGGAUGUUUGGUUUUGUACAGAAAUUAAAAGUUUUAAUUUGCAACUGCC